AAAUUAUUCAAUGAUUUGAAGUUCUAAAUCGGAAAGGAAAAAACAAACGAAAAACAAUUUGAAGUUGGAAGGAACUUCUCUGUUUUCGGUGCUUAUGGUCAUGGAGAGAAGUUGUUUCCUCUUGUCAAUCACCUUCUUGCUGGUGGUGCACCUGCAGUACAGUUCUAUAGGCAUAGUAGGUGCAGCACAAAGCAACAUCACCACGGACCAGUCUGCUCUUCUUGCUCUCAAAUCCCAUAUCACUAGUGACCCUCACAACAUCUCGGUCAACUGGUCAACCACCACCUCCGUUUGCAAUUGGGUUGGAGUUACUUGUGGCGCUCGCCACCUCAGAGUUUCAGUCUUGAACCUCUCUUACAUGGGACUCUCCGGCACCAUUCCUCCACCCCUCGGCAACCUCUCGUUUCUUGUUGAGCUGGACUUAAGAAACAACAGCUUCCAUGGCACCCUGCCCAAGGAAUUGUCUUAUUUGCGUCGGCUGAAGUUGAUUAGCUUCAUAUCCAACAAUUUUAUGGGAUCCAUUCCAUCGUGGUUUGGGUCCUUCCCAAAACUUCAAACAUUCAAUUUACUUGGCAAUCAGUUUUCAGGUUCCAUACCGAUGACUAUCUUCAACUUAUCUACACUGCAAGUAAUUGAUCUAAGCUUUAACCGACUAUCAGGUGAGAUACCAAGAGAAAUAGGAAACUUAACAAUGCUGAAGGAGAUAAAGCUUGACUCCAACAAUUUUAACGAAUUUCCCAACGAGAUCGGUUCUUUAGAUAAACUGGAGAUGUUGUCUGUGAAGUUGAAUGCCCUACAAGGGCAUGUUCCUGUGGCUAUUUUCAACAUGACUUCUUUGAUUACUUUGAAUUUAUUUGGAAACAACUUGAGUGGUGGUCUUCCAGACAAUAUAUGCCAUCAUCUUCCUAGUAUUCAGGUGGUCAAUUUGAAUCGCAACAAGUUUGAUGGUCCACUUCCAUCCAAAUUAUGGCAAUGCACAAAGCUUCUUAGACUAGCAAUGGUGGAAAACAAUUUCAGUGGAAGCAUACCCAAAAAAAUUGGGAACUUAACGCAGUUAAUGCAGAUUGGAUUGGACAAGAACAAUUUGACAGGCACUAUACCAGAUGAGAUUGGUGAUCUUCAAAAUUUAGAGAUUUUUACAGUCGGUGAUAAUAAUCUGAAUGGCCUCAUCCCAUCCUCAAUCUUCAAUAUCUCCACAUUAAGAGUGAUGCAGCUUAGUUUUAAUCAGCUAUCGGGUAGCCUCCCAGCAAACAUAGGCUUUGGGCUUCCAAACCUACAAAUCCUCUAUAUUGCUGAUGUUGGCCUCAGCGGAGUAAUCCCCAACCUCUCCAAUGCUUCUAUGCUCACCAGGAUAGAUUUGGGCAAAAACUCAUUUACAGGGUUUAUUCCAAGCACGCUCUGUGCCUUAACAAACCUUCAGGUACUUAGCUUAGUUGCGAAUAAUUUGACGCUUGAUACUUCCACUCCAGAAGCAAGCACUCUCUCUUGUUUGGCUAAUCUUGCAAAUUUGAAUUACCUACAGUUGGCAUCUAAUCCAUUAAAUGCCAGACUUGAUGAUUCCUUUCGGAAUUUCUCUACAUCAUCGCUUCAAUAUAUUUACUUACAGAAUUCCGGCAUCAGGGGUAACAUUCCCAUUUGCAUUGGUAACAUUAGCAGCUUGGUAACCUUAUCCCUGGGAGUCAAUCAAUUGAGUGGAUCAAUUCCAACUUCACUGGGACGACUAAGGAAUCUCCAAGGUUUGUACUUGAGAGAUAACAUGUUGCAAGCAUACAUCCCAUAUCAACUUUGUCAACUAGAUAACCUUGCGAACUUAAAUUUGGCUAGUAAUCAUCUCUCUGGUUCUAUACCUUCCUGCUUGGGUAAUCUAGCCACAUCUCUAAGAAGUCUAUCACUACAGUCCAAUUCGUUGAGUUCCACUGUACCAUCUACUCUUUGGAGACUUGCCCAUAUCUUGUAUGUAAACUUAUCAUCCAAUUCUCUAAUCGGACCUCUCUCGGAAGGUAUUGGAAAUUUGAAAGUUGCGAUAGAGGUAGAUUUAUCAAAUAACCAUUUAUCUGGUAUUAUACCAAGCACCAUUGGGGGUCUUCAAGAUUUGGUUCAACUAUCCUUGGCAAAUAAUAAUUUGGAUGGUCCUAUUCCAAGUACAUUUCACGACUUGCUAAGCCUGAAUCUCUUGAAUUUAUCCAGAAACAAUCUGUCUGGAGUGAUUCCAAGGUCUUUAGAAGCUCUCUUACUUCUCAAGUAUCUGGAUUUGUCCUUCAACAGGCUCCAAGGAGAGAUUCCAUCUGGUGGACCCUUCCAAAACUUCUCCGCUCAAUCAUUCGUCUCAAACGCUGCACUUUGUGGUGCACCCCGACUUCAUGUUCCACCAUGCAAAAAUGGUACACUGGAACCAAAUAGGAGGAAAGCUAAAUAUAUCAUCCCCGGGAUCAUAUCAGUAGUGCUACUAGUGGCCUCCGUAUCUAUCUUUCUUUUACGCAGGAAAAGGAAUGUGGAAGUUCCAACAGAGGGUACCUUGUUGUCUCAACUUCUUUGGAGAAGAGUUUCACACCUAGAACUUCUAAGGGUCACAAAUGGAUUUAACGAAGAAAACAACUUACUUGGAAGUGGGGGUUUUGGCUCAGUAUAUAAAGGGACACUUGCAGAUGGAAUAGAUGUUGCAGUAAAGGUUUUCAGUUUACAGCUAGAAGGGGCUUUCAGGAGUUUUGAGAGGGAAUGCGAAAUGCUAAGCAAUAUUCGUCACCGAAACCUUAUCAGAAUUAUCAGCUGUUGCAGUCAAACAGAUUUCAAAGCCUUGGUAUUGAACUACAUGUCUAAUGGGAGCCUUGAGAAGUGGCUGUACUCUCAAAGCUCUUCUCUGAAUAUCUUACAGAGAAUGAAUAUAAUGGUAGAUGUUGCACUAGCAUUGGAAUACCUUCAUCAUGGUUAUUCAGUACCUAUUGUCCACUGUGAUUUGAAGCCGAGCAAUAUACUACUAGAUGAUGAUAUGGUUGCACAUGUUGCUGAUUUUGGAAUUGCAAAACUCUUGGGGGAAGGAGAUUCUAUUACCCAAACCAUGACCCUAGCCACAGUUGGGUAUAUGGCUCCAGAGUAUGGAUUGGAAGGAAUGGUUUCAACAAGAGGGGAUGUGUACAGUUUUGGAAUUGUAGUGAUGGAAACAUUCACAAGAAGGAAGCCAACAGAUGAGAUGUUUGAUGGGGAAAUGAAUUUAAAGCAAUGGAUUGCGAACUCACUAGUAUUUCCAGAUGCAAUGAUAGAUGAAGUUGUGGAUGCCAAUUUGCUUGGGAUUGGGACAGAGCAGGAAGAUGAUGAUCAUGUGAGGAAGAGGGAUUGCUUAUCAUCCAUCAUGAGAUUAGCUAUUGCUUGCUGUGCAGAAUCACCAGAAGAGAGGGUAAAUAUGAAAGAAGCUGUAGCCAGACUCAACAAAAUCAAGACAACGUUUUUGAAGGACGCUGUUGCAGGAGGAAGAUGAUGAUCAACGUUUUUGAAGUUCUAGCAAUCUGAUGAUUCUGUUUCUGAUCCAACCUGCAGCAGAAAUUUUGAAUGAAGCCCAAAAUGAAAAAGAAAGAAAACACCUUUUACUAACUGCGCUCGGAUCCUUAGCCUCAGACUGGGCUUGGGCCUAGAAAAAUUGUAAAUGCAUGCAUAUAAUUAGAACAGCCUAACAUAACAACAAAGACAAACCAAACCAAUACAAUACUUUGUCAAAAAAAAAAAAAAAAAAAACAAUACAAUACUGGUUGCUUAUGAUAAAAAAGAAAAGAAAUGUUGUGGCCGUUGACAGGGCUUCCGGGAGCUUCUAUAAUGAGGAGCUACGUUGAGAGGUUACAAAGAGGGGUUCAAUCUAGCAAUCUAAUAAUAACUCCACACUAGAUCGAACGGCUAUUAAGAAACCCCUCGUUAUAACCUUUCUGCCCCCAACCCUUACCCAAAUUAAGAAAAGAGAAUUAAGAGAUAGAAAUUUUAAGUUGAGGGUGUCAUACUGGAUUUUGUCAACCUCUAGAGACCACUUGCUUCCUUGAACGCUUUCAAGUUGGAGCAACACCUACCUACAUAUAUGCUGCAAUUAACUAGUUUCCUUCUUUCCAAAAUUGGAUUGAAUUGGCCCAAUCCUUGCAGAUGGAAAGAAAAGAAAACCCAUAAUUAGGGAAGGUGAUUGGAAUAUUGUUUACCCAAUUAAGCUUAAGGUAGGGUUAAAGUAUGAAGGUCGGGGUAUUUAUAGAUUUUCUUAGUCCUCCUAAUUUGGUAUUAUUUAUAGUGCUUGAAGUUGUUGUCUGACGUGGAGUGAGUGGGUCGUUUGUGUAGUUGGCCUCAUGCACUCAUCUAAGAUUGCCAUUACAAGAAAGAAAAAAAAAAAAAAAAAAAGAGUAGCAAGGCAAUAAAGUUAUUGAGAAAUGUUAAUUUUGGCCUAAUCUUUUCUUUUGUAUAUAUGCCUGCCAAUUAAACUCGUUUCCGAAUCCUUUUCUCAA